CCAAACCCUACGAAGUGUCUCCCUCUUCUCUCUGUCUCUCAUCUUCCUCCGCCUCUUAUCUCUCAAAGCCACACGAGAGAUAUUUUCCACCAUGCCUUCACUAGCUUUAUCCGAGGAGAAGAAGAUGAAGAAGAGCACAGCCUCAGAGACAACCACCGCCGCCACCACACCAGACUCCAAGAAGAAGAAAGAGAAGAAGCCGAAACUCUCAGACUCCGACGGAGGAGAAGACUCCGAGAAGAAGAAGAGCAAGAAGAAGCGCAAGGCCGCUGCUGCUGCGGAGAGCAGCGAUUCAGGGUCCGAGCUGGUGGAGCCGGAGAGCUCGAAGAAGAAGAGCAGCAAGAAGGUGAAGCUUAGCGUUGUGGAAGACGUCCCUAACGCCGUCUCCAAGUUUAGAAUCUCGGAUCCGUUGAGGGAGAAGCUGAAGGAGAAGGGCAUCGAGGCUCUUUUCCCGAUUCAGGCGACCACCUUUGAUAUGGUUCUUGAUGGUGCUGAUCUUGUCGGAAGGGCUCGUACUGGUCAGGGUAAAACAUUGGCUUUUGUGUUACCUAUAUUGGAGUCUUUGAUCAAUGGACCUGCCAAGAACAAAAGGAAGAAUGGAUACGGCAGGCCUCCUAGUGUUUUGGUACUUCUACCAACCAGAGAAUUGGCCAAGCAAGUGUUUGCUGAUUUUGAUGCGUACGGAGGAUCCGUUGGUUUAACUUCUUGCUGUGUCUAUGGAGGUGAUCCUUACCCUCCUCAGCAGCAAAAACUAAAGAAAGGUGUUGACAUUGUAGUUGGUACCCCUGGUCGUAUCAAGGAUCAUAUCGAAAGGCAAAACCUUGACCUGACCUAUCUCCAGUUCCGUGUUCUUGAUGAAGCUGAUGAAAUGCUGAGAAUGGGAUUCGUCGACGACGUUGAACUCAUCCUAGGCAAGGUGGAGGAUCCUAAAAAAGUCCAGACGCUUCUCUUCAGUGCUACAUUGCCGUCAUGGGUUCAAAACAUUGCGUCUAGGUUUCUUAAACAAGACAAGAAGACUAUUGAUCUCGUUGGUAAUGAUAAAAUGAAGGCCAGUAACAGUGUUAGACACAUUGCUCUUCCCUGCAGUAAGCAAGCUAUGUCUCGCUUGAUUCCUGACAUCAUCAGCUUAUACAGCAGUGGAGGUAGUACCAUCAUUUUCACUGAGACUAAAGACCAAGCUUCUGAGCUUUCUGGUUUGUUGCCUGGUGCUAGAGCUUUGCAUGGUGACAUUCAACAAUCUCAACGUGAGAUUACUCUUGCUGGAUUUAGAAAGGGAAAGUUCUCGACAUUGGUUGCUACAAACGUUGCUGCUCGUGGUCUAGAUAUCAAUGACGUGCAGCUAAUCAUCCAGUGUGAGCCUCCACGUGAUGUUGAAGACUACAUCCAUCGUUCAGGCCGAACAGGAAGAGCCGGCAACACUGGAGUUGCGGUCACGUUAUACGAUUCUAGAAAGUCUGGCGUGUCCAGGAUUGAGAAACAAGCCGGGAUCAAGUUUGAGCACGUGUCUGCGCCGCAGCCUAAUGAUAUCGCCAAGGCUGUUGGUAUGGAAGCUGCUGAGAAGAUCACACAAGUCUGUGACACUGUGGUUCCUGCGUUUCUGGCGGCGGCCAAGGAGCUGUUGGAGAGCUCCGGUGUGUCAGCAGAAGUACUCCUUGCUAAAGCUCUUGCAAAAACCGCGGGCUUUACUGAGAUUAAGAAAAGGUCACUUCUAACAUCAAUGGAGAACCAUGUCACGUUACAUCUUGAAGCAGGGAGACCUAUAUACUCGGCAACUAAUGCAUUUGGUGUGCUGAGGAGAGUUUUACCGGAUGACAAGGUUAAUUUGAUAGAAGGGAUGACUCUAACAGUAGACGGAGGUGCGGUUUUCGAUGUUGUGCAAUCAGAUGUAGACCAGUUUAUUGCGGCUGGACAAAAGAAUGCUGGGAGUAUGAGCUUGGAGGUUGUUAAGGAGAUGCCUAAACUUCAAGAGCGUGAACCAGUGCAGAGAAGAUAUGGUGGUGGUGGAGGUAGGUUUGGUCGUGGAGGUGGUGGGGGUAGAUUUGGUCGUGGUGGUGGCAGAGGCCAGAGAUGGUGAAAACUCUAAAACAAUGAUCAAAACUCCUAUAAUUUCACUACUAGUAUUUCUUUCCAUGGCAAAAUCUAUUAUUAUGUUAUUCCUCUCUUUUUAUUAUUUGAACAACUUAAAAGGGGAAGUUCUUUGGUUGUCCCCUUAUCAAUUUUGUGCUAUUUGAAUGAUAACGAUGAUAAAGUUGUUAAUUCAUCAUUUUUUCAUAGUUUAA